GUCAAUGCAGAACUUGAACCAUAAAAACAUUGUCAAGUAUCUUGGAUCAUUGAAGACAAAGACUCACCUUCACAUUAUUCUGGAAUAUGUUGAGAAUGGCUCUCUCGCAAACAUUAUUAAACCAAAUAAAUUUGGUCCUUUCCCUGAGUCGUUGGUGACUGUUUACAUUGCACAGGUCUUGGAAGGUUUAGUAUAUCUGCAUGAGCAGGGUGUCAUACAUCGUGAUAUCAAGGGUGCAAAUAUUUUGACAACGAAGGAGGGACUUGUUAAGCUUGCUGACUUUGGAGUUGCCACUAAACUAAAUGAGGCUGAUUGUAACACUCACUCAGUGGUCGGAACUCCUUACUGGAUGGCUCCUGAGGUACAUCUUUGA